AUGAGAAUUAUAGCAAUGUACCUCCUGAAAUACCAUCCUGAAAAUCCGAUUUUUAUAUCCUAAAACUUUGAGCUUUCGUUUGUGAAUUGGUUUUAGCGUCCUUUCUUUAAAGAAACUCUCAAUUUUGGAGCUAGAACUUGUGCAGCACGAGCCAAACCUGGUACUAGGAGUGCUGUCACUAACCAAGAAGCUCAUGCUGUGUCAUAUAUAUGCAUCGAUAAAAAUAAUCUAGUGGCUCUUGUUAUUGCAGAUGAUUAAUAUCCGGAAAAAGUUGCUUUCAUGGUUAUCCAAAAUAUGUAUCAAGAAUACUAUCGCCAAUAUAACUCCAUGUUCUUAGACACCAUAGUUGCUGAUCAAAACAUAAAUAUACCAAAAUUUGAAGAAUUCAUAAAACUCUACCAAGAUCCCAAAGAAGUUGAUAAAUUACUUAAAAUUGAGAACACUCUCAAUGAGGUCACUAUGAUUGUUCAUUAAUCUCUGGACGAUCUUUUAAAAAGAGGAGAGACUUUGGAAUCGCUAAUGGCUAAAUCAAAGGAUAUGAGUAGUGUCAGUUUAGACUUCUAUAAAAAUGCCAAGAAAACCAAUAAUAAAUGUUGCAGCUUGUAUUGA